ACCAGAUUUGUCACUUGGACUUUUUUAGACACAUGAGCCUUAUACAAAGUUCGUUUAUUAUGCCCUUAAAAGUUAGUUUUGAAUUCCCUAGUUCCUAGGUCUCCUUUUUUAUUGGUGGUGGACAAAACACUGACCCCCAGUCCAUGGACUACCCCCACGGACUACCCAUAUGGACUACCCUAAUCACUAAACUUCAGUGGCAUAGUCUGUUUAGGGUCACUAGUCCAUGGACUGGGGGUGACAGUGUCACCUUUUUUAUCUGUAAAUCAUGAUGGUUCAUUAACUUAACUGAUUGCCAUUAAAAUCUAUGUUUAGGGCUUUUUGGCAAGUGACUGAUAAAGAACUUCUCCCUUGGUUGUUGGUAGAAAAACCAAGGACUCUAAUUUCUGUAACUCACAGCACAGAUAUUCCAAAGGUCUUGAUUUCUGCAAGGAGAAAAGGUAUAGUGACACCUCUGAUCAUUUACGUUCAGUAUUCAUGAAUAUAAUAGCAAAGAUAAUUGUUACAUCUGUGAAUAUAGGUUUUUCCCUUUGCUGAUAAUUUAACCCAUUCGCUCCUGGAGAUUUUGCCGAAAAACGCGUUUUGAAGCUAGUCGAGUGGUUUUCUGGUCACUGUCAUGCUAUAAAGAGCUAAAACUUACCACAAACCGGUUUACAGGUCGUACACUUGGCGGCCUUCUGAUCCAGAUGCAAAAUAUCAGCUUGCGAAGUUCGGGCAUGCGCAGAAAGAUAAUUUUGGGGUUUAAAAGUGACACAGCAGUCUUGACUUUUACUUUUCGCUUUCUCUCCUCCCUUCUUUUUUCGCUUUUCUUGCCUCAUUUUUUUUUCUCUUGCUGGGCAUUUAGUAGGCUUCAUUUUGGUGGGAAGAGUUUUUAGGAAAGCUUUUAGGAUCUUAGGAUUAGGUGAAAGGAAAGGUAGGUGGGUAAUGGAACAAGAUUUUCAUGGAGAUUUUCAGGUCCUUGUCACGUGGUUUUUUGCCUCUUUUUCCGGUGUCCUUGACUGAAUUGUGCUCAUUCUGGUAUGGUUUGAAAGAUCUCUUCACUCUGCACAAGUUAGCGAAGAAAGUUGUCCUUGACCGUUAAAACUGAUGACGUCACAAAGGGUAGAAAGGACCUGGAUCCGCACGGGCGGUUACGGGCGGUUCAGGGGCGAAUGGGUUAAAUGUCAAUUGAUUAUUAAAUUGGUAUACUUUUAUCAACAGUUCUUUUGAAAAUGAGUGCCUUGUACACAAACAUUGACUGCACUGGAAAGGCACAAAGGCACUGGAUAUUUAAACUUUCAUAGCCUGAGUGCAGAUGUCUCCUAUUUCAUUUUCUGCUUACAGAAAAAGGAUCUGCCUGCAUGGUGCAAUCUAGCCUGCAAACGGCAGACGUUUCUCCUCGCUCGUCACCGCUGAGGGACGUUUCGCGAGGAGGAACGUCUGCGACUCAGUGACAGAAAUUCCAUACUGAUGACGUAAAUCAAUGUUUACAUAAUAAAUUCGGUAGUCAUGGGGUUCCAAAUGCAAAUUUGUUUAAUUCUACGUUUCUCCUGGUCGAUUUUGGUAAAGUGUUGUGUUCAUCUUCGAAUGAGCCCCAGCAAAACUCAAAUGCUUCUUCAAGAGAAGACUAUAUUCCACAAAUAUUGGCUGUUUUGUUAGAGAUUCAUUGCGUUUACAUUUGACCUUUGCAGCCUUUUGCCUUUUGUCUGUCAUUCGUAAACAAUAGCUAAAACAAUGAAACUUCUCCGUCGACCAAUUAGCGCUUCUGACCGGAUUCCGGACAGAUUUUGGGUCAUCAGUAUGGAAUUUCUGUCGCUGAGUCGCAGACGUUCCUCCUCGUGAAACGUCUCUCAGCGGCGAUGAGUGAGGAGAAACGUCUGCCGUUCGCAUGCUAGGUGCAAUCAAUAAUCAUGUUCCAGUUUCCAAGAUCUUGGGAGAAGACAGCAAUUUGCCACUUCAUAGUGGGCAUUGUUUGUGUAAACUCUGAUUGGUUGUUGUCAAAAACUGGUGUUGAGCAUGGUUUGCUCCUUUCUUCAACAUCUGUCAAAAACUUCCCAGAGAUGGUGUACUCCAACCCAGACCUUUCCCAUUAGACAUGCUAUCAUAUAAAUACAUGUACAUGGACCAGCCCGUAAUAAAGAAAGUGGCAGAUCCAGGCCCUCCCCUUGUUGUUAAAGACCAAACUGGCUGAAAAAUAUGUUUGUUUGAGACCUGGCUCCCCCUUAUCUCAGGGUCUGGAUGUCCAGCUCCCCCCCCAAACCCCCCCCACCCCACCCUUCAAACAACAAAGCUCUACUUUUCUUCUCAAGUAAGGAAACAAUUCAAACUUUUAACGGUUCCAUUUAAGCCAUUAUGCUCUUGUUUGCAAAGUGAUAAACUUGUGAAUUGCCGUGUUGGAAAAUUUUACAAAGAUCUAUUUUAAAAACUUUCGCGUGAUUUGAUCUGUCAAUCAAAUCGUACUUUUUAAUGAUUUCGAUAUCCUCUCUGAUUUUGUUGAGAUCACUUCAUGUGUAUAUACUAAAACAGUUAUUCUUUUCAAUCUCGGUGGAUAGUGGCUUCAGGAAUACUUACCUCGAUUUCAAAGAAUAAUUGUUAAAUAUACUCAGCAACUUUCUUAGUGACAGCAACCUUUUCAAAAGUCAUAAAUGGCCAGCUGGACUGGUCUUUUCAAAAAUGAAUUAGACUUUUUUAAAGAGUUCUCACUCAAAGACCUCAUCAACCCAACCCAUAUUAUACAGGAAUUGACUGAUCUGUAUGGCUGGACAGUUUUGAUUAAAAUUGAAAUUCUCAUUAUGGCCUGAUUAAUUUUUCUGGCUGGCCAACGCGGGCAAAUGGAGAGCGCCCUUGUUUUAGUUAGAAGGCAGGCCCUCACCUUCUUAGAGGUCUGAAUCUGCCACUGUACACUGGCUCAUUUUGGAGACAGUUCUUUUUUGUUAUUUUUGAAUGGUUGAUCAACCUGUUCUCGUUUUCCUCUAGGAUUAUUGUCAUUCACCAAAGAACUUGUGAUAUGGAUCAUACAAGGUGGUGUAGCAGCAAUUAGUGGAGCAGUACGUAUAUUUUUUCAAUGUUGGUUUAUUUCUUUAGUUCAGGGAAAGAAUAACAGCCCGUCAAUGGACAAUGUCGGACCAGAAGGGCGACUUGACUAGCAAAAAAUCUCACCUGCCAGUUAUGUUGUCUCAUUCUUUAGUUUAAACAAACAGUCAAAUCCUCACAUGUAAAUCUUAGAUUUUGUAUUUACGAUCUCAUUCACAAAAUUAAUGUAAAAUUACACAAGGAUAAGCUGAGACAGUGAACUUUUUUCUUAUUUUCUGACCAGUCAGGUUCAAACGAAACUGGACAAAGCAAAAAUUUCUUUGGCCGGUCAUCUUGUCCGGCCAUGCACGUCUGAAAAUAUUUUUGAGACCCGCAAAAUCAAUGCUUAGCCAGAGAAAAACAGCCGACAUUUUGCUAUGGGUGGUUUCCCCGUGAAAUGACAUCUGAGAAACAAGUGCAGAAAUUCCAUACUGAUGAUGUUUGGUUACUUAGAUAUGGAUAGUGCUUCGAUUGGAUGAAGGCAAGCAAAUUUCUAACCAGUCAGAAGCACUGCCCAGAUCUGGGUAGUGAAGCAUCAUCAGUAUGGGAUUUCUGUGCUUGUUUCUCAGACAUCAUUGCAUAGGGAAACCACCACUGGUUUCUUGAGAUGUCAGCUGUUUUUUUAGGCUAAUAAAUGCUAAUGACGUUUAGUUUUUAAAGUGCCGCAGUAAAGAGACAUUUUGAAGGGCAGCUUAUAAUUCAGCAAAGAGUUAAUUUGUGAAAAAGUGGUGAAAAAAAUUCCGUUAUUUUAUUUUGGAUUACUAUGUUUUAACUAUCAUCUCAACCAAGAUUUUUUAAUUUUCAUUUUAGAAUGGUAUUAUACUGACCUCACCAGGCGACUUGGAUUCCCGGUCAAGUAAAUUGGUUGAUGUAAAUCAUCUCAUCUCUAGAAAAGUUCACUUUCUUUAUGCAGAAGAUUUUGAAAAUGCAGUUGUGGAAGUAUUUCAGAGAAGGAAACUCGGUGUGCCCAGAAGACAAAGAAGAGGUGCUGUUGCUACUGCUUCAGACAGUUCAAGUAUGCAACCACAAGUGGUGAAACCUCCACCUUUUCCACGGUGUACAGUAGUAUUGCGAACCAAAUAACUGUUAGUCCUAGUAUGACCCAUACCACCAAGCCAUCAAAAAGUUUGAAUUUUAAAGUUACUUCAAUUACUGCAUCAUGGACUGGUUCCUUUGGGAUUCCAGUCCAGUCAUCACCCAGCCUUAAAGAGACUCUUUCACGUUCAACUACCACAGCUAUGGCUUAUUCGUCUGGCAAUGCAAUUCAGAUGACUACAACUCCUAAUGCAACUGCUACUAGUUCAAGUGUUGCAGCACUGACUACUUCUUUUGGAGUUGAAGUGCAGUCUUCUUUUAGUCCAACAGUGCUUUCUACCAGUUCAAGUAUUGCAGCUUUGACUUCUUUUUCUGUAACUUCAAUGCAGCUCACACCUUCUGAUACAAGUGCCUCUAGUUUAAAUAUUGCAACAUUGACUACUUCUUCUGGAGUUGUGGUGCAAACGUAUAGCCCUUAUGUAAGCGCUAUGAGCUCAAGUGUUGCAGCAUCAAUGUCUUCCUCUGGCUUUGCAGUGCAGCAAACGCAAAGCCCGAAUGUAAAUGUCACCAUUACAAGUGUUCUAGGGUCAUCGUUCAGCCCCGUUGUCAACACCACACAAUCUGAAAUGACAACAACGGUGAUUUCCCCGCCAUCUCCCUCAGUAUCUGUAUUAAAGUCGUUAAGUCCAAACGUGAGUGUUGUGGCUCAGUUGAGCUCAAGUUCACUGACCUCAUUUUCAGUUGGUAUUAGCUUGUCAAGUGCUGUUAUCUCAACAGCCCCAGUGUUAAGCUCGAGUUCAGAGUCUAGCGAAAUAAUUGGUGCAUCAAGUCCCGUGAUUGUUAGCUCCACUGCAAUUUUGCGUCCCUCAAGAAGUGAAUCCAUGUCUCCAAGUGUCGUGGUUGCUACCUCAUCCAAGAUCGCGUCGACAGGCGUAAGCUCCACUGAAAUGCCAAGUCAUACUAGCGAGCCACUUUCCAAUUUUACAGUGUCCAGUUCUUUUACCUCAACGCAGCCCUCUCAGGUAGUUCAAAGUCCUUCAGCCCUUGUUUCAAGCUCAAAGCCUUCUUCGAUCAGUUUUGUUCCGUCUCAAGUAUCAACCAGCGCUCUUGUUGUUCAACCUACAGCCGUAUCACAACUAUCGAGUGCUGUAGCCUCGACAACUCCAACAGCUAGUUUAGGGGUAAGUCCAAGUUCCGCGGCCAUCAGCUCAUUUACCUACUUAAAGUCCUCUCUUGUAAGCUCUCAGUCAGCAGAGACAACGCAAACUGUGCCUAGUUUAGCGCCAUCCUCUCUCACCGUGGUUCAGUCUUAUAUCUCAACAUCUACCUCUUCAGUUAUUCGACCUUCUUCGUCGUCUCUUUAUUCAAGCCCUGCAGCUGUCCCCACAGAAACGUUUAAAAGUUCACCUUUGGUGUCAAGCCAGACCACCUCGGUUAUCGCCACUUCACAGACAAGUUAUGCCUCAACUUCACCUUCAAGCAGUGCGACCAGCAGCCCUCUCGCAGUGGCGACAACGAUUCUGACAACAGCAUCAGUUGGUAUUUCAUCUACCAUUAGGAUCUCGCCAUCAUCCACAGAACGCCUGCCUCCAUCCUCCUCCAGCGCCGUGGUUACUGAGAGACCUCCUGUUUAUGAAAACGAAACUGUCGUCAUAGUGUUUGAAGGAGAUUGUAAUGAUAUCACGAACGAUUUAAAGGCAAAGGAAAGAUUUCGAAAUUUGGUCGUGAUUGAAGUUGCUAAGGAUCUUGGUGUUGAUAAAUCCUUCAUCCAUAUUAGCGAUGUCCAAUGCGGUUCAAUACUGGUUACUGUCACUGUGAUUGGGACCAGCGGGAAGGCAAAUGUCUCCGAGGAGUUGAAGAACUUGGUGAAAAAUGGAAAUAUAACGGUAAAAUUCAAUGGCAAGACGUACACAGCAAAGAAAAUUGAACAAGUACAGCCCUCAACUACCCAGCCACCUACGACAAAACCUUCGAAGAAUAAUAUUCCAUUCAUCCUUUAUAUCACGUUUGGCGCUCUAAUGGCUUUGAUAUUCAUCGUUGGCAUAAUUGUAUUAGUUGUAAGGUGCCGUAAAGAUCGUCGCCAGGGCGGUUUUUUCCUCACCGCGGACACAAACUAUGAACUGAGACGAUUUCAAGGCAUUCCGCGCGCAAGAAAUUAUUCCAGAGUUGACUACUAUGGGGACCCUGUGGAACUCGACGCCACAGCCGCUGAUCCUGAUGCUACAUCAGAUGAAUUUCAGGCUCAACCAGAUCCGUACAACAAAGGUUCUUCUCUCGACCGCGUAAAACCAGUCGCCGCAGCCAGUGGUGAAGAAAAGUUUAAUGUCGGCACUGCAGGUUUGCCAGAGUGGAAGAAUCUCCCAAAGCUUUCGAAAUCCCAUGUGGCUCGCGCUGUCAGUCCAAAGAAAGGCCUUCAGCCUUCGUCUGGUUCGGUCGGAAGUCGGAAUGAACUGCUGGCCCACGAGGGCGAGACCCCACAGGAAGACUCGAAGUUGUCGUAUGAUAACCCUGGUGUUGACAUGGAAGAUGGUUCUUCCAGUGGGAAGAUGGACGCGGAAGAC